UUGAAUUCCCGUAGGGAAUCGGCUAGCAUUUUUUUCCCAGCUAGCGGUGUAACGGGGCCACUUUAUCAGUGGUCCUAAUUCGGUUUAAUGUUUAGUUACUUCUCUUUUCGUAACCCCGGAUAGCGUAGCGACCCUUCUCCCAUCCUGGAAGCCGCGCGGAAUCACAACGGGCCCGCUGGUUUUAGUUAGAUACUUGUACGGGGGGUUAGCAGAAAAAAGAAGUUGAAUGGAUCCGAGGGUAGCUUGGAUUCAGCCCGAACAGAAAGGACCUGCGAACGCCUUAUGGAUGCACGUCUGGGAGACCUCUCAGGGAGUACGGCCACACUCCGCUCAGCAGCAGCAGCAUCACAAUCAAAAUCAAAAUCACAACCAAUGCGUGAAUUAUCCUGCGUCGGACGUUUUUAAAAAUGUGGCGGCCGUGGUGGCAUCGAGCACGAGCCUUUGCAGCAGCAGCAACGGUAACGUUACUGCUAGUCUGAGCAACGGCAGCAGCCAUCACAGCAUCAUGAACGGCACUACUAGUAUUAACGGCACUGCGAUUUCUUCGCUGGGAAUAGCGCUGUCCAACGGGAACGUACAGACCUCUGUGACCCUGGGAGAGGGGAAAAUCCUGCCCCAAAAGACGGGAUCCAUCUCCCCCUCGUCUUCGCAGGAGCCCCGGACGGAGAGCCCACCUUCCAGCUGCUCGUUAGAGAGGACUAUGGGUGGAAAUGUAACGGGCAACGUGAAUAAAAACGUCGGGGGUGCCAAUCUGCUCUUCAACUUCAGCGACAGCAUGCACAACAAUGUCAACCAUCACCACCAUCAUCACCGUCAUCUUCAGGAGCACCCGUCGAUCAAUUUUCAGCAAAUCUGCAUGAAGCGUGACCAGGUUCACCCCUCCGUACCUGUAAAUCACACACACAGUCACCAUCCGGGCCGAAGGAAAAGUGACAACAAGGCGAGCACUUAUGGGAUGAAUUACUUGCUUUCAAACUGCACUAAUGGCAAUUAUGCGAGCUCUUGGACGCCCUGGAAGACGAGGAAGUACAACCCCGGAGUCCUCGGACUCCAUGAGGAGGUGAUGGACUUCUACAACUUUAUGUCUCCUCGGCCGGAGGAAGCAGCUAUGAGGAAAGAGGUGGUCAACAGGAUAGAGAUGGUCAUCAAGGAGCUGUGGCCCACCGCAGAUGUCCAGAUAUUUGGCAGCUUCAGCACUGGGCUCUAUCUUCCGACCAGCGACAUUGACCUGGUCGUGUUUGGGAAGUGGGAGCGUCCCCCAUUGCAGGAGCUAGAACAGGCUCUCCGCAAACACAACGUGGCAGAGCCUUUCUCUGUCAAAGUGCUAGACAAGGCUACGGUGCCAAUCAUCAAGCUGACAGACCAGGAGACUGAGGUGAAGGUGGACAUCAGUUUCAACGUAGAGACUGGAGUCAAGGCAGCCAGCUUCAUUAAAGAUUAUGUUAAGAAGUAUCCAGUGCUGCCUUACCUGAUCUUUGUGCUGAAGCAGUUUCUGCUGCAGAGGGACCUGAACGAAGUCUUCACCGGGGGCAUCAGCUCUUACAGCCUCAUCCUCAUGGUCAUCAGCUUCCUGCAGCUCCAUCCUCGUAUUGAUGCCAGGAAUCCCAACGAGAACCUGGGUGUCCUGCUGAUUGAGUUCUUUGAGCUGUAUGGCCGCCAUUUUAACUACUUGAAAACGGGGAUCCGCAUCAAGAAUGGAGGAGCGUACAUGGCAAAGGAAGAGAUCAUGAAAGCCAUGACCAACGGAUACAGGCCAUCCAUGCUCUGCAUAGAAGACCCACUGCUUCCAGGUAAUGAUGUGGGCAGGAGUUCUUACGGGGCCAUGCAUGUCAAGCACGUGUUUGACUACGCCUACACGGUCCUGGGUCACGCUGUGUCGCCGCUGGCACGGUCGUAUCCCAACAAAGACUCUGAAAGCACCUUGGGCAGGAUAAUCAGGUUGACCCAGGAAGUGAUCGAUUACAGGGAAUGGAUCAUCAAGAAGUGGGGGGGCAAACACCUGGCUCAAACAGAGAACAUAGUUUCACCUCCCAAGGAGCCGGUGUCAGAGCCGGAGUCCGGCUGUGUGCUGAGUGUCGGGGUGGAGGAGCAGCAGAGGGACUCUGUGUCGCCCCACAGCGCCGACUCCCCCAUGUCCAUCUCCAGCCCCCAGCAGCACUCCUCAGCCUCCUCUGUGUCCUCGCUUUCCGGAUCAGACAACGACUCUGAUUCAACGCUGCCGUGUCCCGUCCCUCCGUCUGCCCUGCCACCGUACCCGUCUUUCCCUCCGCUGGGCCUGGCUCUACCACCGGGCCUCACCAUGGGCACUGGCAAGCCUGGCAUGGGGGGACAUCACAUCCUCAUACCCCCAGGCUCACAGGCUCGCGUCUCGCUGCCCGGUGGUCUAGCGAUGCACUCCAUACCUGGCAGACAGGUGUGUAUAGACACCGGGCUCCCCCCCUUCUUCCACAUGCCCCCCCCAGCCCAUGCUCAUGCCCCUGCCCCUUCCAGCCCCCAGCCUCCGCCCAGCCCCCACUCCAGCCACACACACAAGAAUGGAGCCAAGUUCAACGUGAAGGGCUUCCACAACCCGGCACUGGUCAACAAUCAAGUCUUGGCCAACCGUGGACACACACACACUCACGCACACACGCAGUACCACCGCAACACUUGGCGACGCAGGAAGAGAGACAGCUUACCGGUCAGCCUCAGCAGAUAGAAACCACUCCUGAACCCCCACCGCCCCCUCAGACCCCCUGUUGCCCUCCCGUCCCCCCUGUCCACUCUGGCUGUGACCCCUGGCUCUUCGUUCGUCUCGAAGGAGGACAGACAGGCAGACAGAGUACCAGAGACCAGCAGUAAACACUAACGGGCUGCCUCUACAUGGAACGACAGCCUUCAGCUCUAUAUCUCCCCCCUCUCUAUCUCUCACUGGCUACUUCUUCUGCAUGUUUUUUCCUUUUUUUUUUGUUCCUUUUUUUUUUUUCUUUUCUUUUUCUUUACCAAGCGGCAGUCCGGAACAGGGCCGACUAGCAAACACACUAUGCCCCAAAGUUUAGCAGGUAAACACACUAACUUAGGACUUCCUGAAGUGUUUGGGUUUUUCCCCAUUUUUAUCAGUUCUGGAUUGUUUUUUUCUGCUUUUUUCCCCCCCUUUUUUUUUUUGUUGUGUUUUUUUUUCCUCACCCUGUCACCUGGAGUUGGUGGUGGCAAUGUUGUUACCAUGUUAGGUGUCUUGGGAUUUUUUUUUUUUUUUUUUUUUUUUUUUUUUUUUUUUGACC